UUCACAUGCAGAUUAAACACAUCUGAGCGCGGUGCAUGGCGUGUCCUCACAUUCUGCACCGAUGCAAUGGAUCGUCUUUAAGAGUCCUCCAGUGCUGUUUAAAUAAGUUUUAAAGGGAUUUGCAUGGCUGAAGGUUGAUGUGGGCAUCAUGCACACUGAUGUCUGCUUUCUGCUUUGCACAUGUUUUUUCUCCAUUGGAGCACUGCAGCUACGCGGACAGACAUGCAGCCAAACCAGAUCCAAACGAGAAACCACCAGAACAGAGAGAGAAUCACGCAAACCUGGCAGCACUUUACUAAUGAGAAGUCCAGAUGUCACGAAAGCCCCUGUUAUGAAAUCAGAACAGCUCCUCAAGUUAGAUGGCCAUGACUUCACCAUGAGGCCUGGCUUUGGAGGGCCUGCGAUUCCUGUGGGUGUCGAUGUUCAGCUUGAGAGUCUGGACACCAUCUCUGAAGUAGAUAUGGACUUCACCAUGACCCUGUACCUGAGACAUUACUGGAAGGACGAGAGACUGUCCUUUCCCAGCAACACCAACCAGAGCAUGACCUUUGAUAGCCGGCUGGUGAAGAAAAUCUGGGUACCUGACAUAUUUUUUGUCCAUUCGAAACGCUCCUUCAUCCAUGACACCACCAUGGAGAACGUCAUGCUCCGAGUGCAUCCCGAUGGCAAAGUGCUCUACAGCUUGAGGGUUACAGUCACAGCGAUGUGUAAUAUGGAUCUCAGCCACUUUCCCCUGGACACCCAGACAUGCUCACUGGAGAUCGAGAGCUAUGCUUAUACUGACGAUGACCUCCAGCUGUACUGGAAGAGAGGAAACAAAUCUCUGCAGACGGAUGAGAAGAUCUCUCUGUCUCAGUUCCUCAUCCAGGAGUUUCACACCACCACAAAACUAGCCUUCUACAGCAGCACAGGUUGGUACAAUCGUCUUUACAUCAACUUCACUCUGCGUCGUCAUAUCUUCUUCUUCCUGCUUCAGACCUACUUUCCUGCCACUCUGAUGGUCAUGCUGUCAUGGGUGUCCUUCUGGAUCGACCGGCGAGCUGUUCCCGCACGGGUUCCUCUAGGCAUCACGACGGUGCUCACCAUGUCCACCAUCAUCACUGGAGUGAACGCCUCCAUGCCCAAAGUCUCCUACAUCAAAGCUGUGGACAUUUACCUGUGGGUCAGCUUCGUCUUCGUCUUCCUGUCUGUGAUCGAGUACGCCGCUGUCAAUUACCUGUCCACUCUGCAGGAGCGCAAAGAGAGGACGCAGAGCAACAGGCAGUCGCCGUGUAUGUGUGGAAUGACCCAUCCUGGUCAGAUGAUGAUGAGCAACAGCUACAGCGACAUGGACAUGAUGACCACAGGGAACUACGGCAUGUCGGAGCUGAACAGAGACAAACAGGAGCAGUUUCUGGUUCAUCUGGUCCUGGAGAAUGAACAAGGAGCUCAAAGACCUGCUGUAAGAUCAAGCAGCAGUGUAUUUAUAGACACCCAUGCCAUAGACAAAUACUCAAGGGUCAUCUUUCCUGGAGCCUACACACUCUUCAACAUCAUCUACUGGUCCAUCUACUCACAAUGACUGCUGCUCCUUUACAUUAUAUGACAUUUGUGUAAGUCUUGGAAAUACAGAUUACCUAUGAAAAUCUGUCUCUUUUUUAUGAUGUUUGCUUCUCAGCAAUAAAUGAAUACAUAUGACUGUAUGUCGGCAGUUGACAUGAUGCACUGGUUUGCUCUCCUAAAAGAAAAGGUUUAUUUUUUUUAAGUAUAUUUUAAUCUGUAGGCUGAAGAGCAAAGUACAUAGAAUUUUGUCAACAAAUAUCAAAGUGCUUAUUCAGAUUUGUUUAGCAGUUUCAAGUAAAAUCUGUAAAUUGGACUGAUGUGAUUGUCCACCGCAUGAACUUUGAAAUACAUAAAUGUAUGAUGAGCAACAUAAAUCAUAAUAUUAUUUAAAUUCAACUUUAAUGCUAUUAUUACAGUAUCAUUUAUGGUGGAUUCUUUCUUCCUUUCCUUUAAAUUAACGGACAUGCAUUUUUCGAUCCUGAUAAACUGUGGAUAAAAAGAAAGAAAAUAAAACAGUGAGUGGCUAUUUUAAUCUCUUGGGAGCCUUGAAAAUAUAUCAUUUUAGGGAAGGUGGAAAAAGAUAUUUCCAUUUGCCCCCUCAUACAAUGUAUUAAAUCAGUAAUAAUUUUUAUAUGGAAUAAAUUUUAAGUUUAUUUAUUCAUUCAUACAAUUUCAUACACUAACAUUAGAUCUUCAGCAUGUUUAGGCAAAAAAUACAGUAAGUUUUACCUAUUUGUGUUUAUUGGCAUGUGUCAUGAUCUCAUUGUGUAAAAAAAAAAUAGCUGAUUGUAAUAAACUAGUAAUAAACAAAUUUUUUUUUAUUACUCUGCAUGUUAUUUAAAUGUUACUGAGUGAAUAUUAUUUAAUGAACUACAUGGAAUAUUUGUAAUUUAAGAUCUCAGAACCACUGAAAUGAACUAGUAUGAAUGAUGUGCAUUACAAAUCAGUGAUUUAAUACAAUAUCGAUUUUCUUGAAUCCCGAGUAGUGUAAAUUACAGUGUUUUUGGAAAAUAAAGGUUUGCCUGACCACAUUGCUCACAUCAAA